AGUAUCGUACAUGCGGUCGCACGCCAUACACGAUGGUCUCUUUUUGUGCAACUCUGAUUCGACAGUUUCGGCACAGGUCGGCAGCGGCAUUUCAGAUUGCGGAGUCCGCCAUUUUAGCUAAGAAAUCUAUAACCCUAGCUUCGUCAGCGUGCAGUGCGAAUAGGGGUCAGUUGCAGUUUGGAAUUCAGAUUGUUCGCGAAUAUUCGAAAGCGUCAAAGAUGAGUACUUUGCCUAGGGUGUUUUUUGAUAUGACCGCCGACAACGAGCCCCUCGGUCGGAUCGUCAUGGAGCUGCGCUCCGAUGUCGUUCCCAAGACAGCCGAGAACUUCCGCGCCUUGUGCACCGGCGAGAAGGGAUUCGGAUACAAGGGCUCCAUUUUCCACCGCGUCAUCCCCAACUUCAUGUGCCAGGGCGGCGACUUCACCAACCACAACGGCACUGGCGGCAAGUCCAUCUACGGCAACAAGUUCCCCGAUGAGAACUUCGAGCUGAAGCACACCGGCUCCGGCAUCCUGUCCAUGGCCAACGCUGGCGCCAAUACGAACGGCUCCCAGUUCUUUAUUUGCACCGUUAAGACAGCAUGGCUGGACAACAAGCACGUCGUCUUCGGCGAGGUCGUCGAGGGACUGGAUGUGGUCAAGAAGAUCGAAUCUUAUGGAUCGCAGUCCGGCAAGACCUCCAAGAAGAUCAUUGUCGCUAACUCUGGUUCCCUUUAAGAAGGUGCGAUGCAAAAGCAACAGCAGCAACAUUGCAAGAAGAAAAAUCUGUUAAGACGAAAACCAUUUGCAUUUUCUCCAAAACAUUUUUUUUUACCAAUUACUGUACUGUAAUAUUACGAGAAAAAUACAUAACAAACCAACAUAUUUUCAA